CCGAGCCGCCCCCUCGCGGGUCGGGUUCCCGUGGGGCGGUGGAGCAGCCGCGGGCCGCCGCGGGCCGUGACCCCGGGGUCUGGGCGGCAGGUUUGCGCAAGAUGUGCCGGGGCUGCGCGCGAGAGGAGCGGCGGCCGCGCUGAGCCAGAGCCAUGAGCCACCAGAUCCUGCUGCUUCUGGCCCUGCUGACCCUGGGCCUGGCCACCUCCCCACGAGACAAGGUGCCCUGUAAGAUGGUAGACAAGGAGGUCUUGUGCCAGGGUCUUGGCCUGCUCCAGGUCCCCUCGAUGCUCCCGCUGGACAUCGAGGCCCUCGACCUAUCUGGGAACCAGCUGCAGAGCAUCCUGGCCUCACCCCUGGGCUUCUACACAGCACUUCGACGCCUGGACCUGAGCACCAAUGAGAUCAGCUUCAUCUACACCGGUGUCUUCCAGGCCCUGCCCCACCUGGAGCACCUCAACCUGGCCCACAACAACCUGGCAGUGGGCACCAUGCUGAACGCCCCCAGCCUGGGCCCCCUGCCUCAUGUGACAUCUCUGGACCUGUCCGGGAACAGCCUGUACAGUGGCCUGGUGGAGCAGCUGCUCGGGGAGGCGCCCGCCCUGCGCACCCUCUCGCUGGCGGAGAACAGCCUGACUCGCCUGGCCCGCCACACGUUCCGGGGCACGCCCGCGCUGGAGCGGCUCGACCUCCACAGCAACGUGCUCAUGGACAUCGAGGACGGUGCUUUCGAGGCCCUCCCCCACCUGGCCCACCUGAAUCUGUCCAGGAAUUCCCUCACCUGCAUCUCCGACUUCAGUCUCCAGCAGCUGCGGGUACUGGACCUGAGCUGCAACAGCAUCGAGGCCUUUCAGGUGGCCCCAGAGCCCCAGGCUGAGUACCAGCUGGCCUGGCUCGACCUGCGGGAGAACAGACUGCUCCGCUUCCCGGACUUGGCUGCGCUCCCGCGACUCAUCUACCUGAACAUGUCCAACAACCUCAUCCGGCUCCCUGCAGGGCCAUCCCAGGGGGGCGAGGGCAUCCACGCGCCUUCAGAGGGCUGGUCGGCCUUGCCCUUCUCCCACCCCAGCCGCAACGCCAGCACCCACCCCCUCUCCCAGCUCUUGAACCUGGAUUUGAGCUACAAUGAGAUUGAGCUGGUUCCUGAGGGCUUUCUCGAGCACCUGACCUCCCUUCGCUUCCUGAAUCUCAGCCGGAACUGUUUGCGAGCCUUCAAGGUGCAGCGCGCGGGCUUCCUGCCUUGCCUUGUGUACCUGGACAUCGGCCACAACGCGCUGGAGACGCUAGAGCUGGGCUCCAGGACCCUGGGGUCUCUGCGGACGCUGCUUCUCCAGGACAAUGCCCUGCGGGACUUGCCCCCCUACACUUUUGGUGGCCUGGCCAAUCUGCAGAGGCUUAACCUUCAGGGAAACCGGGUCAGGCCUUGUGGGGGGCCAGGUGAGCCCAGCCCCUCAGGAUGUGUGGCCUUCUCUGGCAUCUCCUCCCUCCGAGUCCUGAACCUGGUGGACAAUGAGAUGGAGAUGCUCCGGGCCGGUGCCUUCCUCCACACGCCACUUACCGAGCUGGACCUCUCUGCAAACCCAGGGCUGGAUGUGGUCACGGGGGCCUUGGCGGGCCUGGAGGCCUCCUUGGAGGUCCUGGCCCUGCAGGGCAAUGGGCUAGCCAUCCUGCAAGUAGACCUUCCCUGCUUCAGCUGCCUUAAGCAGCUCAAUCUUGCCGAGAACCGCCUGAGCCACCUGCCUGCCUGGACACAGGCCGUGUCCUUGGAGGUACUGGACCUGCGGAACAACAGUUUCAGCCUGCUGCCGGGCAGCGCCAUGGGCGGCCUGGAGACCAGCCUCCGGCGCCUCUACCUGCAGGGGAAUCCACUGAGCUGCUGUGGCAAUGCCUGGCUGGCCGCCCAGCUGCACCAGGGCCGUGUGGACGUGGAUGCCACCCAGGACCUGACCUGCCGCUUUGGCUCCCAGGAGGAGGUAUCCCUGAGCCACGUGCGUCCUGAGGACUGUGAGAAGGGGGGACUCAAGAAUGUCAACCUCAUUAUCAUCCUCACUUUUGCACUGGUCUCUGCCAUCCUCCUCACCACACUGGCCACCUGUUGCUGUGUCCGUCGGCAGAAGUUCAACCAACAGUACAAAGCUUAGAGAAGCCAGGAGCUGCGGGACAGCUCAGCCUGGAGACCUCCCAGGUCAGCUGGGGUGCCGGAGGCACGGACAAGGGUGGGGACUGACCCAAGGUCACACAGUGAGCCAGGGUCUGAGAACUCUGGUCUCUAACUCCUGGCCCAGGGCUCCUUCCCUUAUGUCCUGCUGUGCUGGUAGGCAACCCACUUCCCAGGCCACACAUGUGGUCCAGCUGUGGCAGCCAGAAGUCAGGCAGUUUCAGGAGUGACAGAGAAUAAGGUUGAUAGAUCUGACCGACACAUGUUUGCCAAGCAUCUGUUUUGUGCCACAUCCUGCUCUGGGCACUGGGGACGCUGGUGAAUGAGACACAUCCCUGCCCCCGAGUGUCCCCCAGUCCUGGUGGGGAGGUGGUCCCAAAGCCAUGCAGUGACCACGCCGAGUGUGGAAGUUCCAGGGCUGCUGAGUUAUGGAGAGUCCUGCCCCGGUGGGGCCGGAGCACAGGAGGGACAAGACCAACAAGACUGGUCUGAGACGUUUCCAAGCAGACUGUUUGUCACAUCUUCCAAUAAUGACUUUCAGCUUCUCUGGAACAUGUAGAGCUUGUGACCGGAAGAGAACUGCAGCCACAUGAGUACAUCUUGGAUUCAGCUCUGAGGCCACAGCGGCUCCAGCAGAGCCUGGUUAAGAGGCUGUUGCCCGGGUUCUGGCCCUGUGCUGGACCAUUCCAUUUCCUGCUCCCGACAGGCUCUUUCCCUGCCUAGCAUUCUGGGGUUGCACACAAUUGCCCUGGCCCCCCAGCUCCCUACGCAGGCCCCCUGUUCAUCCCCAGCCCCACCCCGGCUGAUGAGCCAGGAGUCAGAACCCUAGCGAUCCGGUUCUGUUCUGCACCAGGCUUAUUGGCAGCUGGAACAUUGGCCGCCUCUUUCGGACAGCCCUCUGAGGUUGGUAUUUUAACCCAUUUUACAAAAACUCCCUCCAGGGUCCUCCAGCUAAGAAAUGCCAUACCUGAGAUUCAGGCUAAAAUCCUCCUGUCUCCAGGGCCUGCCCUUUGCCACUGCGGGGGCUGUCUGCUGUUAGGUGGACAGGAAACGGCCCCACAUUGAGGGAACAGGGCCUGGGAGCAUCCUGUGCUGCACAUUCCCACCCACUCCUCUCCCUCCUCUCUCCCAGGCAGGCAGACACAGGCUCUCUUCUCCUUCUCUGCCUCAGUUUCCCUUAUUCCCUCCUUUGUAGACCGAUGUGUGUUCAUCUUUUUCUCUUGCUCCUGCAUUCCCUGGUCCUCCAUUGAGCACAGCUGGCAGUUUGAGACUAUUGAGUCCAACCUUCCCAUUGUACAGAUAGGGAAACUGAGACUGAGGAAGAGAAUGGAGUUUGCUCAGAGCUUCACGAGCCAGUGGCAAAGCCUGUGACAAAAGUGGAUUCAGACCUCAUUGAGGGUGUCAAGGGAAAUUGGGAGCUGGACCUGAGUGAUUUCCUUCUCUUUCAGCUGUCAUAUGACAAGAUAAUGCUGGCCCCAAACACUUUUGGGUCCUCAUCAUGCAGGGACUUUUUCCCUUAGAAAAGUGGUAGAAAAACCCAUCUAGAUAUAACCCUCGAUUCCUCAUGGCUUUGGAAUCAUGGGCUGUCUAGGAAGCCCUGGGGGUAGCCCAAGACCCUCUGUUGUUGUCUUCACUAUCUUACCUAUGCUUGGCCCGUGAUCUGGCUCAUGAUGGUGCUUGGUAAAGUGUGAGACAAUGAAAACAGCCCUCUCUCUGCCCCGUUUUACAGACAAGAAAACUGAGGCCCAGAGAGGGUCAAGGACUCAGGGAGUCAGUGGCAGAGCUGGGGCUAGAAGCUGAUGUCCUGGCCCCAGCCUGGGGCCCUGGUGGUGUGUGGGGCAGCCAGGUGGACCCAGUCCUGGUUGGGAAUCACAACCACAGGUGCUCACUGCACAGAAACACUCUUCCUCAGGCCUGGAGUGAAGGUGUGGGCCCCUUCAGGCCUGAUCUUUGAAAACACUACACAAUGCUGCUCUCACCUCCAGGAGCCAGGCCACAGUCUGGCCUGGGGACCAGCUCUUUGUAUAACCCACAUGAAUGUAUUAAAAAAAUAAUUUUGGAGAAACAGUGGGGCCUGCCAGCGUCCUCCUUGUUGCGGAUCAUGGGCAUUAUUGCAUCCACUUGAACCCUGCUCCCUCUACUUCCAUCCGGGUCUUUGAAUCCUCAUGGCAAACCCCUGGGGAGAUGGGCUGAGGGCCGCUGAGGGGAGACUGAGGCUCUGGAUCCUCACCGCCCUCGCCCUUGGGGCCUCAGCCCUCAUUCCCCUGCCUCCCCCCUGAACUUCUCACUCAACCAGUGCUGACCCCACCCUGCCCUUCCUGCUUGGGCAGCCCCUGUGCUCAGCCCCCUGCCUCAUGGCAGAGGCCAUCCUGUCUGUCCUACCCGCCCUCUGGGGCCCCCUCUGCAGCCUCUCCUCUCUCUCCUUGACUUCCUUUCCCAUCGUGGUUGUGUGGAAGACUUGCCGAUCUGAAAAAUAGUAAAAAGACCCCUAAGCCAUUUUCCCUUUCCUUCUCUUAUUUCAUGGGUAAACUUCUUGGCAAAGUAGCCCCCUCCUUCUCCCCUCCAAUCUCAACUCGCCUGGGGUAACUUUACCCACCCCACCCCCACGCUGGCCUGGCUGAGGUCACCAAGGAGAUCCUUUGCUGAACUCUGUGCACCUUCUGGACUGCCCCUUCUUGACCCCUCAGCUGCAGGGGUCUCUCACCCCAUCAUCCCCGUCACCCAUGCCCUCCCCUCGGCACACUCUCCUGGCAUCCAGGCCUCCCACACGUGGUUUCUGCCUUCCUCUCCGUCCACUCCUUUUCAGACUCUGCUAUGGGAUCACCUUCCUCAAGCCAUCUGAAUGGCGAUCACCAGGACUCUGUCCCAGGCCGUCUUCCCUCAGGAAUGUCAUCACCCUUAUUGUCAUAGCCAUUCCAUUGCUCUAAUGAUGCCCACAUCUCUGGCUCCAGCCCCAGCCGGCCUUGAGCAUCUGGCCCUGAUACCCUGAAUCCCAGAGGCCUCCCCGGCUGGAGAGCUAAAGGUCUCCCAAUAGCCAGAGAACUGAGUGAGUGGCCAGGCCGCAGUUCAAGACUGACCUUGGAAGAAGAGCCAGGGAGCAGGGGGUGAGGGUAGGAAGAAGAGCUUUCCUGGUUCCUGGAAGGGAGCUGGAGGGUGAGGGUGUGGGCUGUGAGGUCUGGGGAAGGGACAAGAGCCACCUCACCCGUGGUGGGGGUGGGGCUGAGGGGCUCUGAGGUGGAGUCAAGAGGGCAGGACAUUCCCCACCCUCUACUUUGCAGACCCCUGUGCCUGUCCUCCUGUGGCCCUGUCUCCCGUCUCAGCUGCUUGACACCCAGACAUUGCCCUCUUUGGCGGCACCUACUUUCCUUUCCUUACUUCCUCUCCCACAAAUUCCAGCUCAGUGAUGCUCCACCUCCUUUAUCCCCCAAACAUCCUGGAGAUUUCUCCAUGGUGGCUUCUCUGGGCCCUGACCUCUCCCCUCCCAGUUCCUACUCCAAAGGAUAAUUUUAAAUGCCUAUUUCAUAGAUGGGGCUGGGGGGUGAGAAGGCAUGUGACUCAGUUCGCUGGCACACAGCAGGUGCUCAGUGAAGGCCUAAGGGAAGUCAAGAGCAUAGGCUGCACUCAGCCCAGGGCUCUGCAGGCCUCCAAUCCAGCUGGAGCCCACCAGGUCCCUGGCCCCUUUUCCUGGCAAACAGGGGAGUUUGUUCACCUGGCCAAGACCCCCAACAAGGCAGAAAUUCCUGUUUUCAGCCAAACAUGGACACAGCUGCCAACUAGGUCAUCAGAGCAUCCUGCAAGUCCCAGAGAGAGGGGAGGCCUUCGGCUACCCAUGUCGCAGCCUGCGGUGCCAGGUCACCCAGCCCAUUCAAUUCAGUAAGCUGUUAUGGGGCUCCUGGAGGUGUGGGGCCCAGCAGGAGCCAGGCUACAGGCCUGGUGGGCAGGAGGGAAGGAAGGCAGCACCCAGGGCCCACGAACUGCCUCAACUUCUUGGUCCCCUGUGCUGUCACACCCCUACCCCCACCCUCCAGGGAGACAAGGUCUGCUUUCUGUGCCCCUGCCCUUCAGGCAGCUCACAAGGACCCUGCAGUCCAUCUCUCUCUGGCCACCUCCGCCCCUGUGCUCAGAGCUGACAAUUAUUGGCCAUUUCUGGGUUGGCCCUACAUCAAACAGUUGAUGUACAUUGUUAUAUGCAAUUCUUAUCAUCUUUGAAGAGAUUUCUAUUACUAUUAACCUCAUUUUAAAGACAGUGAGACUUGGGGAUCCCUGGGUGGCUCAGUGGUUUGGCACCUGCCUUCGGCCCAGGGCAUGAUCCUGGGGUCCCGGGAUCGAGUCCUGCAUCAGGCUUUCUGCAUGGAGCCUGCUUCUCCCUCUGCCUGUGUCUCUGCCUCUCUCUCUCUGUCUGUGUCUCUCAUGAAUGAAUAAAUAAAAUCUUAAAAAAAUAAAUAAAGACACUGAAACUCAAGGUCCCACAGCUGUAAAGCAUGAGAGCUGAGACUGGAACCGAGGUAUGCCCUGCUCCAGAGCAGCAAUCUUAACCAUGGGGUUCCCCACCUCCCAACACCAGGCUCUCUCCCACCUCCUCCACCUGAAAUGUCUCACCCGCCCUGACCCACCUACCAAACUCCUGUGUCAACCCUGGCCUGUACCACCUCUUCUGGGGAGUCUGCCCUGGUUUUCCUCUACAGCCCCAGGCUGCUGUGGGCCACAGUGGUGAGGAUCUCUGCUUGAUAUGCCACCAAAUUAAGAACUCCUGGAGGGAAGUUCUACCCCAGUCCUCUCUGUGUCCCCAGGUCCUGUGAGCCAACAUAGACUGUGAGUUCAGAAAAGGUUUCCUGAAUGCAGGACCCCAGCCCUGCAGGACUUAGACAUUUGUAGGGAUUAAGAUCGGCCCUCAGAUAGAGAAGGGGGUCGUGGGCUUCUCAGACAGGUGCAGGGGACGUGGAGGACACAGAGGGGGAUGUAGGAUGUGGCCUGCCCAGGGCAGCAGUGACCAGUGAGGAGGCAAAGGAAAAAUCUUCUCUCAACAUCCUCUACUUCCCUCCACUUUCUUCUUGCCUCUGGGACCCUGUUUUAUCUUCUCUUCCCUUCCUCCUUCCCCCUCUUCAUCUCUCCUUUCCCUCCCUUGAUCAUCCUCCUCCUAACCCAGAA